AUGUCUAGAAUCCAGUUGUUUCGAAAUAUACUCCGCGAACUUCGUCGAUCUGUUAAGGAAAGAAAUGCGCCUUUUUCAUAUUCACCAGUAAUGCAAUUCGUUAUUUCGGAAUUCAGAAAUAACCAGUUAACAGAUGCUCAGAAAUGUGCUAGGGAAAAUGAAGCUGUUCAUUUAGCUCAAACAUACUUGAAUUAUUUGGAGAAUAGACGAAAACAUUCGGAACUUGUAGAAUUAUAUAAGACGAAAGAAAAGACAACUGAAGAAGCCGCCAAAAUGGUUGGAUUAGCUUUACCUAAGAAACCAGUGUGUGAACAAUAA